AUGGCUCUUCUUGCUCAUCUCUGUCUUGCAAAUUGCUUGCUUCUCUUGCCCCUGUUUGCAGUUGUUUUCGCCGCCGACAUCGAUGCCUAUGGAUCCAGAUCCGGCCUCAAGAAGCCAAAACUACAGGGUGACCAGAGCCUCCUCUCCACAGACAUCGGGAUUCAAGGAGUGAUUUUCUGUAAAUCGGGCUCGAAGCUCGUCCCACUCCAAGGUGCCCGGGUGAGGGUAACGUGUUUGGCUGUGGACAAGCGAGGGUACGAAACCGCUACAUUCUGCAUCUUGAGCAGACCGACCGACGCAAAUGGCUUUUUCUUGGCAACACUGUCGCCAUUGGAGGUCGAAGAUGACUGGAAGCUCACACAUUGCAAGGCUUUCCUGGAGCCCUCUCCCUCUGAGAUCUGCAAAGUGCCAACGGACGUGAACAAGGGGAUCACUGGUGCUCGUCUCUCAUCCUAUCGCCUCUCAAAGGACAAGAUAAUGAAAUGGCUCUCCGUGGGGCCUUUUGUUUACACCGCGUGA